GACGGGAAGUGGGCGGGGCCGGCCGGGCGCGGGGCGCGGGGCGCUGAGCUGCGGGGCGGCAGAGUGACAACCGACCAGGGACCCUCCUGCCCCAGGCCCGGCUGCAAGCCCGGCUCUGCCCCGGGAUGCUCUGGCCAUGGCCUCGGGAGCCCCACAGAAGAGCGGCCAGAUGGCCUGCAGCACCGAGGAGAGCCCCAGCUUCCUGGACGCCCUCCUCCGCGACUUCCCGGCCCCGCUGAGCCCUGAGAGCCCGCUGCCGUGGAAGGCGCCGGGGACAGCAAUCAGCCAGGAGGAGGCGGAAGGCGAGCUAGCCGAGCUGGCGCUCAGCUUCCUGCUCAGCAGGAACGCUCCGCCACCACUUGCCGCGCCUCUGGCCCACGAGGCCCUUUCCCAGCUGCUUCAGACAGACCUGUCUGAAUUCCAGAAACUGCCCAGGGAGGAGGAGGAGGAGGAGGAAGAGGAGAAGGCCCCUGUGAUCCUGCUAGACGCCAGAGGCCUGGCGCGGAGCUUCUUCAACCAGCUCUGGGAAGUCUGCAGCCAGUGGCAGAAGCAGGUGCCGUUGGCGGCCCGGGUCCCACAGCGGCAGUGGCUGGUCUCCGUCCACGCCAUCCGGAACACUCGCCGCAAGAUGGAGGACCGGCACGUGUGCCUGCCUGCCUUCAACCAGCUCUUUGGCCUGUCAGACGCCGUGGACCGCGCCUACUUCGCUGUGUUUGAUGGGCACGGAGGCGUGGAUGCCGCGAGGUACGCCGCCGUCCACGUGCACGCCAACGCCGCCCGCCGGCCGGAGCUGCCCACGGACCCCGCUGGAGCGCUGAGAGCGGCCUUCCGGCACACUGACGACAUGUUUCUCAGGAAAGCCAAGCGCGAGCGGCUGCAGAGUGGCACCACGGGUGUGUGUGCGCUCGUCACGGGCACCACCCUGCACGUUGCCUGGCUCGGAGACUCGCAGGUCAUCCUGGUGCAGCAGGGGCAGGUGGUGAAGCUGAUGGAGCCGCACAAGCCCGAGCGACAGGACGAGAGGGCACGCAUCGAGGCACUGGGCGGCUUCGUGUCUCACAUGGACUGCUGGAGAGUCAAUGGGACCCUGGCCGUCUCCAGAGCCAUCGGGGACAUCUUCCAGAAACCCUAUGUGUCGGGAGAGGCAGACGCGGCCUCACGGGAGCUGACGGGCUCCGAGGACUACCUGCUGCUCGCCUGCGAUGGCUUCUUCGACGUCGUCCCCCACCAGGAAGUGGCCGGCCUGGUCCAGAGCCACCUGGUCAGGCAGCAGGGCAGUGGGCUGCUCGUGGCCGAGGAGCUGGUGGCCGCAGCCCGGGAUCGGGGCUCGCACGACAACAUCACGGUCAUGGUGAUCUUCUUCAGGGACCCCCGAGAGUUGCUCGAGGGCGGGGCCCAGGGGGCGGGGGCCUGCCAGGCAGCCUCUGGGAAGCCAGGACCCGCCUGAGACCAGCACUCCACAGAGAAGCUAGGCGGUCCGCGCCCCGCCCCGCCCCGCCACCCUCCCCCAUCCAUGAGAUUCUCCACUCCCCUCCCCCACAGAGGCCUUAGGGACCAGAGGCUGCAGUGAGCAGGGGUGGCCACCCACACACUGCUCGCCCGCACCCCCGAGCCACUUGUGGUGCUGUCCUGGUGGCCCUGGGAGCCAGAGGGUGGCAGGCGAAUCUAGAAGGAAGCCUCACCAAAGGGACAGCCCGGGGGGUGGGGGGGGCAGUCAGCCACCUCAGUGCCCAGCAGCUCCCUGGGUAGGACCAGAGGCCACAGGCACCCAGAACAGAGGAAGGUGGAGCAGUGGGGUGUGGGAGGGUCUGUAGGACCCUGGGGCGGGGCCGGGAGUCCUGGCCGGCUUCAAGUGCGCCCUGAGGUCUUGCCAGAGGGGGAGGGGCGGGGGGGGUGUCUCAUGGCUGUGGCUGCUGCUAGGCAGGUCCGGAGCAGCCGCGCCAGCAUCCCAAAGAGGGGGAGAGCGGCCUCUUUGGGAAGCAAGAGCACCCCACCUGCUCGCUCCACCGCACCCUGUGGCGGGCUGGGCCUCGCGGGCCCUGGUGGGGCGAAGCCGGGAGCCGGCAGGAGCCUCGCGGUGUCUCUGCUAGCCAGCUUUCUCCAGGGGAGUCUUAACUCAAGCAGUAUUUCAGGUUUUAUCCUUAUUUUCUCAGUGCCAACGUGACCCUGUUGCGUCACAUAAUUUAAGCAGAGUUUAGCCUUUAUUUUAUUCCUUAGAAAGCUUAAGUAUUGACUUUUUGGUUGUUUUUUUUUUUUUUUAACUAUUUUUCUGGGAAACUUUUUUUUUCUCUUUUGCAGUAUUACUGAAUGUUUUGUUGAGCAGAACAGACUUUUCCAGGUAGUGUUAACAAGCCACUCAAGUGCCUUAACCAGCUUAGAGGAGGGUGGAAGGGCCGGGGCUGGGUGGGGUGCUGAGCAGGGGCGUGGGGCACGCACAGUGGGUUAGGGAGAUCUUUCUGGAAGCAGGGUUCCUGCAUCUUUGUGAUACCCCCCAAGAGGCAUGACAGGCACCUUGGGGCUGUGCCGAGGGCCUGCCCAUCCCCCCACCUCAGCCCUCCUGCUAGAGCCCCUGGCUGGAUCCCAGGCACAGAAAGGGACCUUGGCUGCUGUGGGAUAGUGGCUUGUAUGUUUGUGACCACGCUGGCCUCCUUGGGAAAGAUGCCCAGAGGCUGCCUGCCCGUCUCUGCCUUGGUCUGGAGGCCGCCAUGGCACAGGCCACACGCCCCAGCCCUCACGGCUGGCACCAACCCCUGGCCUGCCCCUGCAGCCUGAGCAGCAGCCCUGGACAAUCCCUGGACGCCGUGGGGCUCACGUGAAGCUGCAGGUGGCAGUGCUGGGCAAGGGUGCCGGGCAGAGGGCCGGGGGAUGAGCAGGGCAGUGAGUGGCUUAGCUCAUGGGGAUGGGGAGAGGUGUGGCCGUGAGGGCCUGCAGGUCACGGAGCCUCCAGGCUCACGGCUCACAGAAAGGACGGGUGCACAGGCACCCAGCCCUCCUGCGCUCGCCCCAUGCCUUGCUCCCUUGCUGUGGGGCUCCCAGCGGGAAGUGUCCGCAGUACUCUCACUGCUUCUACAGUGGCUGUCUGUUCAGAGAGCGGGUGUGGCCCAGGCCACUGGAGGCCCUGCUGCUUCCUGGGGGCCGGAAACCAGGGCCCUUCCCCAUGCCCUGUCGGGACACAGGGCUGUGGCUCCACUCGUCACCCCCAGCCCAGCCCGUCCCUCCCAUGGGCAGGACCUUGGUGGAGGAGCCCGCGACUCCUGUCUGCUUUGUGCAUGACCUCGUUCUGUUCCUGCUACCAAGAGCGAGCGAGGAGGUUUGGACCACAGGGACUUCCUUCCUGCGCUGGCCCCAGGCUGCAGGGAAGCCCCUCCCCCGGCCCGUGGGGACAGCUGCACCCCAGCAGAGGCCUGGGGCCAGCUCUGCCAACUGCCCCUCCCUGCCUUGGAGCAGAGGGAGCCUCAAGUGCGGCUCGGCCCAGGUAUCUUCAGCCGCAGAACCUCCUGCGCCCCGCUAGGCAGGCACAAUGGUCUGGAAUAUUCUGAAACCCUUCUCAGAUCUCAGUAUGGCCACCAGCUCAUCCAUGCGAGCCAGGCAGAUGGUUUUGCAAGGGGCCGGGGGCUCCUGAGCCUCUGGCAGCUCUGAUCUGCAGGGAAUCCUUGGGGUGAGCCAGGCUCCAUCGAAGGGGGGGGCGAUGCUGGCACCACAGCACAGAGGCCCCUCCCGCGCUGCCAGUGGGGAGGGGUGAUUAAGUAUUAUUAGUGUCUAUUCUUAAAAUUAAGUGGGUUGGAAAAGAGCCGAGCUGCAGAUGCCAGCGCCUUAUAUGGAACACAAUAGCUGGAGCGCUCAGCCGCGCCUUCGCAGGUACAGCUGCGGG